UUAUUAUUAAUAUAGUCAUCAGUUAUAUACCGUAUAUAGUGAUUGACAACAACAACAACAUUACAGUUAUAGUUAUAAUAAUAAUAAUACCAAUGAAUCAAUUGUUGGACAUUGUUUGGGAUCAGUUGGACAUUAGUCCAGUGUUCAAGAAAUGUGUACACAUUAUUGUCGCCAAAUUGGUUAAAAGUGAAUCAGUUAAYGAGUACGACUUUCCCACAAGUUUUACAUCAAUUGAACGACAAUUUGUCGACCAUUAUUGUCGCCAAUACGGACUCAAGACUAAGCGGCGCCGUAUUGGUUACAAUCGAUGUAUUACUGUCUAUAAGAUGUCGUCGACGAUUGUCUCGUUGGACGCCAACUAUGGUUUACUGGAGUUUUCGCAGAAUAUUAUCAAAAGUCUUCUCCAACGACAGCCGGUUACCGAUAAAGAGAAGAAAGAGUUAACAUUUGGCGUCCAUUCUGAUCAUCGAAUGGCCAGCGGUGGUGGAGGUACUGGCGGUCACAAUACRUUGUUUGACUCGAAUCGUGAGCUCAACUGUACGACUGGACGGCUGUCAAACAUUAUACCGCAAAUACCGCCGCCGCCAGUGUUUCCAUCCAAACAGCGUUCGGACGAAACGGUCGACUUUCGGGCCAGUCUUCCCAUAUAUCGACAUCAGACCCGUUUGAAAGAUGUGUUGUCAUCGAAUCGUAUUGUACUGAUCAACGGUCCGACCGGUUGCGGUAAGACUACACAAAUACCGCAGUAUAUACUCGAACACUGUAACGCCGCCCGAAAGCCGUGUCGUAUAAUUUGUGCCGAACCGCGCAGUCUGUACGCCCACAGUGUGGCCGAACGGGUCAGUCACGAACGUAAGGAACAAAUUGGCCAAACAGUCGGCUAUCAGAUCCGUUUGGAGAGCAAAGUUUCUCCCCGAACUCUACUAACGUUUUGCACAAAUGGUGUACUAUUGAGAACACUGAUGGGCGCCGAAAGUCCGCUACAGUCGGUAACCCAUGUGAUCGUCGACGAGAUUCAAGAGUCCGAUCGAUUUACCGAAUUUCUUGUACUAGUAAUGCGCGAAAUGUUGGCCAACUAUCGCAACCUUAAACUGAUACUAAUGUCAUCAGACAAUCAAAUUAUUGGACAAUACGCCCAAUACUUUGGCAACUGUGAGAUUGUCGACAUCGACUCGACACCGGCCAGUCUUCAGUACUAUUAUCUCGAAGACGUUCUCCGUAUGACUGCAUAUAUGUCGGAACCGAUGAAAGAAUAUAGUAUUGCAUUAGAGACUAGAGAAGCACAGAAACAAAUGUUAAACGAAUGGAUUGACGACAUCAAUGUCUUUACCAAUACUACACCUGAUUUUCUCUAUGGAAGCGGCGAUCAAAUGAAUCCAUUUUUUGUUUCUUCUGGUUUCGGUGGAGCCAUCGGUGGCGGCGGCGUCGUCGGCGGCAAACGUAUCCUAUCAUCGGAGACAGUUGUAGCCGAACGGGACGAAUUGGAUGUAAAACUUAAACUCCGAAUCGAUUCGUUGAUACGAAACGCCUGGACUUCGGGAACUGAUUAUUCGUUUCAACAGCUGAUCGAUUUGAUUGUCAGCGAACACAUAUCCGUUGACUAUCAGCACACGGCUACCGGUGUUACGGCACUGAUUGCGGCCGUAGCCCACAAUAAGCUAACAAUUGUCGAAUCGUUGCUCAACUAUGGCGCCAAUAUCGGGUUGUGUACACCAAACGACUGGUCAGUUGUCCAAUGGGCUCAACAGUUUGGCCACAAAGAUAUGAUCGAAUUGUUGAUGGCUUACAGCAAAUGCAUCGAAAGUGUCUUCUAUUACGAUGAGCUGACCAACCUAUACAAUAGUAGCUGCGGCGGUACCGAACUGGUCGACGGCAACGGUACCGGUGGUUGUGGUGGCGGUAAUGGUGGUGAUAGACAACUGCUUGAACUAUACUAUCAUUCCUUAAUCGACAACAAUGUUCAAGAGUUGGACAUGAAUUUGGUUUGUCAUUUGAUUCAUUUUAUACUAAUCAAUGGCCAAUCAGUAUUUAAAGACCAAUCGAACGCCGGUUCGAUUCUUGUAUUUCUUGCCGGCUAUUCGGAGAUUGUCAAAGUUCGGGAAAAGAUUGUCAACGAUUCCAAACGAUUCGACAAAGAUCUGUACGCUUUGUUUUCAGUCUAUCCUCAGAUGCCUAACAACGAUCUGAAAGCUGUUUUUCGUAAAAUACGGGCCGACACUGGGGUCCGGAAGAUUAUUUUGGCCACAAAUAUUGCCGAAACUAAUCUGACUGUCAACGAAGUUUCGAUUGUUAUCGAUACGGGUCGGAUACGGGAGAAAAUGUUCGACCGAUGUACCGGGUUUUCGCGCUACGCGACCACUUGGAUAUCCAAGUCAAGUGUCUAUCAUCGCCGAAAUCGGGCCAAUCGACUGAAACCGGGCCUAUGUUUUCAUUUGUACGAUAAGCUUCGGUUCGAUCGAUUCGACGAUCAGCCGAUUGCCGAAAUGAAUCGAAUGUCGAUCUAUGAGCUAUGUUUGCAAACAAAAUUGUUGAUCAACAAUGACGUAUCGAUCGGCGAUUUUCUGGCCAAAGCUAUUAGACCGCCGGCUAUAGAAUCGGUCAAGAAAUCCGUGUAUCUGUUAAAGUGUAUCGACGCAUUGGAGCCGUCGGAAGGCUUAACCCAAUUGGGUUUACAUUUACUCGAUCUACCCAUUGAACCAAAUCUCGGCAAAAUGGUUCUCUACUCAGUGGUACUCAAGUGUUUGGAUCCAGUCCUUACUAUUGUCUGCUCCCUAUCCUAUCGGAGUCCAUUCAUAAUACCUCAAUCGCAAGCAUCGCGCAAACGUACAGCGUUUGCUACCCGCAAGAAACUGUCGGCCAAAACGUUUAGCGAUCACAUUAUACUGUUGAGAGGUUUCCAGAAUUGGCAAAAAGCCAAACACGAGGGAUGCGAACGACAGUUUUGCGAACAAAAUUUUGUGUCUUCGGCAUCAAUGGAAAUGAUUGUCAAUAUGAGAGCCCAACUGUUAGGCCAACUGAGAGCUUCGGGUUUUGUUCGGGCCAGAGGUGCCGGCGAUAUACGCGAUUUGAAUACCAAUUCGGACGAGUGGUCAGUAGUCAAGGCGGCACUGUUGGCCGGCGGUUAUCCGCAUUUGGCCCGAGUUGAUCGCGAACGUCGUCAACUGAUUACGCACACCGACGUCAGUGCACGCUUUCAUCCGAAUUCAGUGCUAAACACGUGUUCACUUAGUCCGACCGAUUUGAUUGACAAAAGUCGCGGCCAACUGUUGGACAGUUUGCCAACCGAUUGGCUUGUGUUCAACGAUAUGACCAAAUUGGGCAAAACAUCGUACUUGAAAUACUGUACAGUUGUUACGCCGGUAACUGUGGCCUUGUUUGCCGGCAACAUACAGGUACCGACUGAAUCAUUAAUGGCCAGUAGUUCGAUGUGGAGACAGCAGCAGAUGCCGACUGCCGCCGCCGCCGCUGGCCAACAAUACAACGAUCCGGAAAGCGAUAGCGAAAGCGAAGAUCAAUUCGAAAAGCAGAAGUCACUGCUGAAGAUUGACCACUGGAUUGACUUCAAACUUGAUCCACAGGUCGCCCAUUUGACGCUACAGUUGCGCCAGAAGUGGUCGUCACUGUUGUCCCGGCGAAUGUGUUUGCCAUCGAAACCGAUGACACCGGCCGACGAUAUGAUUGUCAAAGCCAUUGUCGAAGUACUCGUUGCCGAAGAACAAUCACUCGAUCUUCAGCAGCCGGUAGGUAUUGGCCAACGACCGCGUCCGAUGUCUACCGAUUUUUGUCCACCCAUAAGCAAUGUACCGCUUUAUAGUCCGCUAAACGAAAGUUCAUUGGCCACUACAGCAGCUGCCGUUGCCGUCGCCGUCAACAACAAUAGCAGCUAUACUCGGGCCAGUCCUCAGUUGGGAUACCAAUUGAUCCGAAAUAAUUUGUCGCCAAAUAAGAUGCCGUUAUUUCAUUAA